AGCAUGAUAUAACCUGAAACAUGACUACGAAAUAAGGAGACAAAAAUAAAAUUAUAAAAUUGAUAGAAACAAUAACGGAUAUACAUAGUUGGUGCAACAACUUCUGCUUUUUUAUUGUAAAGUUUUGCAGCGCAUAGAUCCUAAAAAAUGUUAUUAAGAUAUAUAAGUCCGGUGUUUAACUACGGAAAAUGUAUACAGAGCAAUCUCCCAGCAGUGUUUAGCGCUACCAAUUACCCCAAUAACUUGACACAAGUCAGAUCUAUUCAGAAACAUUGGAAUCCGAAAUGGAAGAAACUAAGAGCAGCUAAAGUUAUCAAAGUGAAACUGCCGAAGUUCGAUAAGGAGAAGGAUGAUCCCACUAAAAUGACCACCGAACAGUUACGAUCGCGUAUGAAAGAAUUUGGUUUCCUGCCACAGAAACCUUGGCAAGAGAGAACAGCAUACAUAAGCUGCACCCCUAUGAUUUUUGAACCCUAUGUUGUUCCCGAGGGAGAUGGGAAAUAUUCUGUCAUUACGAAAGAGGGGGUAAAGCAAAAGGUUACAUAUAUUGAGAAGAAAAGCAAAUCUUUUAGGGCUAUCAGAAAAAUUAAGUCGUUUGAUGACACAUUUAAGACAUCUUAUUUCAUAGAGGAAGCCCUAGAGAUUUAUAAACAGGCGCAUGAAGCUCUAGCUGCCCAAGAUAAGGAGAAGUUAUUACAAUAUAUUACAGAAAAUGCGUAUCCUAAAAUGACGCACAAUUUGAGGAACAAGACUAUACACUGGAAGUUUUUGGAGUCUUUGGAGCCAGCGCGCAUCGUGCACGGCAGAACGACAGAUUUAAUAACGAAGGAGAACAUUUACGCGCAACUCACCGUCCGGUUCCACACGCAACAAAUACUGGCGGUAUACGACAGAUUCGGCCGCUUGAUGCAGGGAAGCGAGAUUCUCAAGAAGGAUGUAUUGGAAUACUUAGUGUUCGAAAGGCAUCUGGCCAACGAGUACGGCACUUGGCGAAUUCACGAUAAGAUCGUACCGUCUUGGAUGACUCCGACGGACAUAGCUGAGGGCACGUAUGUCAUGCCGCAAAAGAAACCGGAGCCUGAACCCACCGCACCGGCUCCCGUGGAAACUACGCUGGUGGAGGACGCGCCAAAGGAUGUAGCGCAACCUGCGUGAAUACGUGGAAUAAACGUGUAUUGUUUUAAUAUCGUGUAUAUUUUGUGAUUAAGCAUUAAAGUAUUAAAUACAUAUAUUGCAGC